AUGGCUGCUUCCCUCCUUGCUGCGCAAUGGGGAAUCAAUGGCAAUGCACACAGGAUCCUAGUAAACGUGGGCAAUUUUUUCACGUUGGAGUCUGUCUUUGUAGCACCAAGAAAAGGAAUUUACAGUUUCAGUUUUCACGUAAUUAAAGUCUAUCAGAGUCAAACAAUCCAGGUUAAUUUGAUGCUAAAUGGAAAGCCAGUCAUUUCUGCUUUUGCUGGAGACAAGGAUGUCACGCGUGAAGCUGCCACUAAUGGAGUCCUGCUCUAUCUAGACAAGGAGGAUAAGGUUUACCUGAAACUGGAGAAAGGUAAUCUGGUUGGUGGAUGGCAAUAUUCUACAUUUUCUGGCUUUCUGGUCUUUCCCCUGUAAAGUCAAUUUUCCUGUGACAUCCAUCCAGGUGUGGACUGAUCAUUGCCUCUGUUAUAUGAAGAUCAUUUUUAUCAUCAUGGGAUUGAUGUUUCGUUAUUGGUUUUUCAUGGGUGAAUAUGGAUUCUCUUUAUGGAUUUUGGCCCCAUCUGAACUACUCAGAAGUUUCACAGAAUUUUGUGUGUUUAAAUACAACAUACCUGGAUUAAGACUAAAGCAGACAAUAAGUAUCUAUGCUUAAUGUUACAGUCUAAAGCUGCCUGCGAGAUUUAUUCAGAUUUCAUUACUGAACUUAUUGGAUUCAUGGGAGAGGUGGAUUUUCUUUAAUUAUGAAAAGACUGGCAACCAGGUCUAUAAUUUAGGAGAGUUUGGGUUCAGACUUCAAUCAAGAGUUAGUGUGUUGCUGCCAAAGAACUGUAUGUUGAUAUAUUGGUUUUACAUGUUUUUGUUCAUUGGGACUCAACUGACAUGAUUUAUUCCAUUGUCUUGAGAAAGGUAAUUAUUAUUGAUAAGUGAUUGACUUUAAUUCUCCUCUGCGUGUAGUGUGUUGAAUGGUUCACCCAUAUAUUUACGCUCUGUCAUUGGUCAUAAUGAAGUCUAGCAUACAUAAAGCUAAGAGGUCAUGGUUGUAUUUUAAUUGGAUAUAUAAGGUAUUGCUAUUUUCCACAUGGUGUUUUCUAACAAGAGCAGAUUAUAACCAUUAAAAAAGCCCCACUCUUACCAGGGUUAAAGGUGAUCAUUCAGGCACAACAUUGCAAAACAGCUUUGUCCUGCAGGAAAUCUCAAACUUGUUCUUCAGCUUUAAUUAACGUGAUCGAUAAUAACCGCUCUAUUAAAAACCUAAGGGAUUCCUUCCUUAGACACAACCACUUUAUUAGCUGGAGAUGAGACCCCCUGGUUUGUAAUUAUGUCUAUUUUUCAAACCUUCUGUUAUGUUAAAGUUAUCAUCUUGUUUUGCCUUAAUUCCACAAAUGUAUAUAAUUUUAGAUCAUACGUUUAACAAAUAUUAAAUCAAAAUAGCCGGUACUUAGCUUGGUGCAAUAUCUUUUUGGCUUUUUGUACAGGUCAUAUGAACUCAUAAAUUUAUUUAUUAUGUCACUGUUACAUAAUAAAGAUUAAUAUAUGUUAGCUG